AUGUCUUCUUCGUCUUCAAGCUCAACCAACGACCACCUUCCGCCGCCCACCACAGUGGCGAAGCGAAAGGCCGGUCGGAAAAAAUUUCAAGAGACCCGCCACCCGAUUUAUAAAGGCGUUCGCCAAAGGAAUGGUAAAUGGGUUUGCGAGCUUCGACGACCUAACAAAAAAUCUAGCUUUUGGGUUGGGACUUUUUGUAGCCCAAAAAGGGCGGCUAUUGCGUACGACGUAGUUGCCUUGGCUAUUAAAGGUGAGUCUGUACCACUCAAUUUUCCCAACUUCGCUCACUCAUUUCCACGAGUCAUGUCCUCGUCUUCUUCCAUAAGCGAUAUUCGAGCCAUGGCGAUUAAGACGGCAGAGACAUUUACGUCAGGCGAUAUAUUGACGCCUUUGUCUCUAUCGUCGCCCUCGUCGUUAUCGUUGUGUUCUUUAAUGUCAGAGGAGAAGGUAGUAGGACCAAAUUAUUUUUGGGACGAGGAGGAGGUGUUUAACAUGCCGGCGAUUAUUGCGGGUAUGGCGGAGGGUUUGAUUAUAACACCACCGGGAAUGAAGAAGGAAUUCGAUUGGGAGGAUUCCGAGAACACGAUCGAAUUGUCGUUAUGGAGUCAUGAGUGA